AUGAGGAUUCUUCCAGAGACCUGUGACCAGGAGCUGAGAACAGGUGCAAAGAAAGAACGAUGCCUUCAGGGGAAAAGUCUACUUCUGUGUACACUUAUUCUCAGUAAUCUCCUUGGCUUUACACUGCUUAUCACCUACAUCAUGAUGUCUUGUGGUCUAGGAUCCUGUGAUGUCGAGCUGGGUCUUACACUCUUGGCCAGACUACUGAAUUCUAGGAAUGACAGUGUAGACCCCUGUGAGGAUUUCUACAAAUAUGCCUGUGGCAGCUGGGAAGGCAAACAGUCAAGCAGAACCACAGGAGAAUCACUAAAUGCAUUUGAUGUGCUGUUGGAAGAAAACCAGUUGAUCCUGAAAAGGCUUUUAGAGGGCCCACAGUUUGGGAUAAAAGGCUCAGCUAAGGAGAAAGCAAUCCAGUUCUAUCACUCCUGCAUGGAUACCCAACAGAUAGAAUCCCAAGGAACAAAACCAUUGAAGGACCUCCUAAAUCAGGUUGGUGGAUGGAAUAUUACAGAUGUGGGGAAAGGAAAAGAUUUUAAUGAAACUCUUCAGACUGUCAUGGGCAGAUACAACACCUUUCCUUUUUUCAGAGUCCAUGUGGGACCUAGUCCUUUUGACCUCAAGACCAAUAUUAUUCAGAUUGACCAUCCUGAGUUUGAGAUGCCACCUAAGAGUAAAUUCAAAGGGAAAAAUUAUCUUGAGGUUCUCCGUGUGUAUCUCUCAUAUUUGAAGAAACUGGGGGACCUACUUGGAGUGCCACAGGAUGAUCCCUCUGACUCCUUUUCCCUUACCUUGUCCUUCAUCUCUAACCUCCAGCAAGUUGUCACCCCACUGCAGGAAAGACAGCAGAGGAGGAUGCUGUUCUUUCACACUACCAUUAAGGAGCUACAGGAACAGGCACCUGCUAUUGACUGGCUGUCAUGUCUCCAGGCUAUCUUCCAUCCUAUGCCAAUGAACUUUUCUCAGCCAAUUGCAGUGCAUGACAUGGAUUACUUAAGAGGCAUGUCACAGCUGAUUGAACAAUGGCCCAAGAAAAGGUAG